GCAUUGUUCUAUAGUCCAACAUAUAUUUCACCUUCUUUAAACCCUUCUCGUCGACUUCGAUUCUCGAUAAUCUUCAUCUAUUUGUUAAUUUAGAGAUCUCUCUAGCUGUAAAUAUCUUUGGAUUUUCUCCAUUGGAACUUUGUUUGUUUGUUUUCUUCUUCCUGUUUUUCUUUUUAGUUUUGAUUUGAUUUUGUGUUUUAUUUGGUCCUUUUUUGAUCUCGAAGUGUUGGGUUAUGGAAGAUGGACUCGCCAUAGAUUGGGAGAAUCUGUUGGAAAAUGGAGCGGAUGACCUGAAUUUCAAAUCAUGCAAUCAGUCCUGCGCCGACGGUUUUUCGAACACGACGGAUUGGGGAUGCAGUUUGUCCAUCGACGACGUUGAGGAGUAUCUUCUGAACGACGAGUUCGAUUAUCCAAAGGAGGAUGAUCAGAUUGCCAUAGAGGAUGCGUUUUUCUCGGACGUGCUUCUCGAUUCGGCGCCGGAGUCGGAAUCGGAUCGGUCUAAGAAUACCUCCAGCAGCCCUGAGUCGGCGGUGGUUGCGACGGAAGUAGAGGAGAACGAAGAACAUAAGCCGCGUGAUAGUAGCGCAGAUGUUGAACAAACGAAGGAGAAAAACGAUGUCCCUACCGACGACGGCGAUCCCGCUGCGAAGAAACGGAAAAGGCAAAUGAGGAAUCGAGAUGCAGCUGUGAGAUCUCGAGAACGGAAGAAGAUGUACGUGACGGAUCUGGAGCGGAAGAGCAAGUUUUAUGAAGCAGAAUGCAGGAGGCUGGGGAUUCUGCUCCAGUGCUCCAUUGCCGAGAAUCAGGCCCUUCGACUUUCCUUGCAUAGCACCAAGGCAUUUGAUGCAUCCAUGGCCAAGCAGGAGUCUGCUGUGCUCAUUUUGGAAUCCCUGCUGUUGGGUUCCCUGCUUGGACACGUGGGCAUCAUCAUGUGCCUGCUAAUGGUAAUCUUUCCCGAGCACCCCCUCUCGACCGUGGUUCUGAGAAACGGCGUAGGCGCAGAGUCGGGAAGACGACGACGACGGGAUCAGAGGAGAAAGGAAGGAAACAAUAAUAAUAGUUAUAAUAAUAAAGUUGGAUUGGAAUUGGAAUUGGAUGGAGAGAGAGCUGUUGUUAUGAUGGGCAGGAGAUGCAGAGGGUCAAGAUCAAGGAUGAAGAUGAAACAAGAUUUGAUCUUCUUUUGAGGUAUGUGUGUGUAUUGAGGAUUUCUUCUGUUCUUCACUUAGACUUAAUGAAUGCCUUCCUUCUUGCUUGUGUUGUGUCUGUAUCAUGGGCUUCAUAUAUAUGUAUUUCUAAAUUUUAUGGUAUUUAUUAGUACAACUUUUUAAGUUUAUCUCUUCUAUUUGUUGGAAUAAAUUAUUUAUAUAUAUAUAUAUUUAUUUAUUUAAUUAUUA